UGCGAAUGUUUGGAUCGAGUAGAUUCGCGUCGCCCUGUAUACGGUCGGUGUGACAGUCGCGAGUGCACCGAGGACGAGAACCGGAAGCGCGCACGCAGUCGCCCCGCGACGCUUCGCGAGGAUCUCCACAGAUUUUCCGUGUCUCUUCCUUCUUUUUCUUCUCGCGCGAAUGGCAAGGAGGCAAUGCGAGCGGCUUACACGCGGCAAGCUUGAAGACUACAUCCGGCCAUAGUGAGGCGUCAUGAAGGAAGUCCAGGAGCAGCAACAGCCCGAGUCUAUGGAAUCCAACGAGUCGGUUUCCGGCUCGAACGAAUACGCCUAUCGACCGCUCACAACGAAGCACAGAAGGGCUGGGAGUACGGGAACAACCGGCGAUGAGGAAUACACCACAGAUGAGGAUGAGCUCUACACGGACGAGACUGAUUGUGCCACGCUGCAUCCACCUCAUCCCAUUCUUAAAUCGGACCUCGCGAGGGCAGCUACGGAUCUCUUCGGAUACGCCACGAAAUGCGAGGACGAGGACGAAGAGCCCACUAGUCUAUUCGACGAGGAUGACAACAAGUUCCUAGAUGAUAGUUCCAACUCAACCAAAACUACUCCACUAUUCACGUACAACGAAAAACUACAAGGUGUCUUGUCGCGACAUCGAAAUCCAUCGGAAGAGAAGAAGCCCGUACAGCUCUGUGAAAAGCUGAAAUCUCACGAACUGGAAGUCUCGGAAUCUCAAGCUCAACGUACGAAACCUUUGGAUUUUCGAUUGAACGACGUUGAGUCUGCGGCAAAGGCUAGCGAUGAGAAGCCCGAUACGGAUUUGAAAAAGAACAAUUCUCUCGAAACAUCCAAGAGACUCUCCCUUCCUAUAGAUACGCCGCCGGAAGAAUCAUCGAAGCAAGAAGUAUGCGUUCCUAAAAAGUCUAACGGCCCGCCGUCGCCUACCACUCUGCAAUGGGGAAGAGCAGUGGCUGAGGUAAAGGAGCACGCGGUGGCGAAGCUGCAAGAGGAACUUAAAAGGGCUCAUGAAGAAUUAAAAUUGAAGGAUGAGGAAGUGGCUAGACUUUCUCGGAUCAGACAGGAUGUAGAGGCCGAGCUCGAAGAACUCACUGCCAGUCUCUUUCAAGAGGCACAUAACAUGGUUCGAGAAGCUAAUGUACGUCAGGCGACGGCGGAACGUCUUCUGGAAGAGAGCCGCAUGAAAUCGGAAGUGCUCGCGGCUGAAGUAGCAGCUUUGAAAACUUUGGUGCUCACGUCUACACCGUCAAGGCCCAAUCCCCAUCUGCAUCCUCAAAUCGACACGAAAGGACGCGUUAGUAACGGCGAGGAGAGCCAGCAAGGACUCUUUACGAAGAAACAUCGAAGAUCGCCGUCGCAUUUUAAUUUAAAAUACGGCCGAGAAAAUUCGCCGCCUGAGUCGCCUGUAAAGGAACAAAGGCCGCCUUUGCCGACUGACAAGGAGACCCUCGAGAGGGAUUGGAAACGUGAUCGUGAGAAGGAAAAGGAAAGGGAGUGCAAGGACUUUGGUCUGGAAGUGGAUCCGAGGUUGCAUACGGAGUUUCUCAGAUGGAAGGCGAACCCUUGUGUCGACAAGAGCGAUCCCUUCGUCGCGAGGGUAUUCAGGGAAGAUAUCGACCUCUGCUUGGAUUUCUCGAAUAAAGAAUUGGGAGCCAAGGUCAGGCAAGCCGUUUUGGAUGGCAUCAUAUUUAUCGAAGCGGUCAGCGACAAAACGAAACUCGCUUUUCCUAAAAAAUGUGCGCUGUUGGAGGCACCGCGACAAUGUCACUAUCGCAUGCGCCUCGGUGAUCAAGAAAAUCAGUGGCACUGCAUUUCGCAGAUCUGCCGCAAUCGAAUUAUAGCAGUGUGCGACUUUCUUAAUUAUCUGAGAUACGUCGAGCGUGGUCUUGUCAAAAGCUCAGUUCACGAUGUUUACUGGGAGAUCACGCGGCUGAGAAAGGAAAUGGUUUUCGCACGAUUGGGUCUGGCAUUAUCGUCCUGAGGUUCGCGUAGGCGGGAUGUCAUCUAGUCUCGAAUUAAUUCGAGCCAAGAGUUUAUUGCUUGAAAAUAGAAUCGAUCCGUGAAUUGUGCAGAAUAAUUUAGCGACGCUCUCGUCAAUCAUCGGCCUUUUGUGCAGUGAGGGGGAGGGUGCAAUGUUGCAAUAUAUAUCUUUGGAUAUAUAUAUAUUUGAAGUCUCUCUAAUUCUCUUGUAAAGUAAUUCUGACGAUAAUAUAACGCUGUUUCUAAGAAAUUUACGUGCCGUUUAGAAAACUGUAAUUUUAUAACCGUAAAAAAUAGAUCUAAUUUAUUGAUGGACCUUCUGUUUUUUUUUAAAGUGUGAUUAUAAUACAAUUAAUUUACAUGCAACAUUUACACCAAUUAAUUUAUAUUUUUUAAGAAGAAAACUGUUCAGAAUUAGAUUUGAUAUUGAUUUUGCAGUGAAAUGUCAAUUCUUCUGCACGUAAAUUUCUUCGAAAUAUUGCCGAGAUAGUGCCGCCUACGGCAGGUUCUAGAUUUAAUUAUUUGCGAACAAGCUGUAAGACGGCAAUGGAGCUGAUUACGAGGCUGUGAAUGAUCUUGACGUGCGGAUCAGACAUUGUCGAUGGCUCUUCUAAACGAGGAAUGUAAAUAAUAGAAAAGAUUUUUGAGAUAUUGUCUCAUGUUUUUUGAGACGUUUAAUUGAACGUCGUCGAAUUUAUUGUUAGACUCAUGCGAAUUAUUACGACUCAGAUUCGUUGAUUCCAUGAGAUAGUUGAUGGUUAACAAUUAUACUAUACAUAUAUUGAGAUUACUUCGCGUCGUGGUUUGGUAUUAACAUCGAAGAGAAGAUAAAAUCAGAAGAUGUUUAGCCAAUUAUUUAUAUUUUUGUUUUUGUUACGGAUCAGUUUUUUUAUUUGCCGUCACGUGUCGGAUCGUAGUGAUUUUGUUACUUUGUUGUGUUAAUUUAUCGAUAUUAUACGUUGUGUUAAUUUGACUAAUGGCUUCCA